CGGGCCAUUAGACUUAUAGAUACGACCCUACUAGAUAGAUAUAGAUAGAGGAAUAAUAAUGUUCUUUACAAAAAAUUCCAUACGUUCUACUGGACAAUUACUACUUCGUAAAUCAUUUAGUUCAUCUAUCAUUGCAAGAGCUCAGGCUCCAUUAGAUGCUUCUAAAUUGAUAAUUAACCAAACAACUACUCCAAAGCAAAAAUUACCUAAUGAAAAAUUGGUGUUUGGUAAGACUUUUACUGACCAUAUGUUAGAAAUUGAAUGGACUCAAGAAAAUGGUUGGGGAACUCCUGUUAUUAAUCCCUAUCAUAAAUUACAAUUAGAUCCUUCUACAAUUGUAUUACAUUAUGCUUUUGAAUUAUUUGAAGGUAUGAAAGCUUAUAGGGAUUCUCAAGGUAAUAUCAGAACAUUUAGAGGUGAUAAAAAUAUGAUAAGGAUGAAUAAAUCUGCUGAUAGAAUUUGUUUACCUACUUUUGAUGGUGAAGAAUUACAAAAAUUAAUUGAUAAAUUUUUAAUUGUUGAUAAAUCAUUUGUACCUGAAGGUAAUGGUUAUUCACUUUAUUUAAGACCAACUUUAAUUGGUACAACUGAAUCUUUAGGUGUUAGUACUCCAGAUCGUGCCCUUUUAUAUGUAAUUGCUUCACCAGUUGGUCCUUAUUAUAGUUCUGGGUUUAAACCAGUCAGUUUAGAAGCUACUGAUUAUGCUGUUAGAGCUUGGCCAGGUGGUGUAGGUGAUAAGAAAUUAGGAGCUAAUUAUGCACCUUGUGUAAAACCUCAAUUACAAGCUGCAGAAAGAGGAUAUCAUCAAAACCUUUGGUUAUUUGGUGAAGAAGGUUAUAUCACUGAAGUUGGAACUAUGAAUGUAUUCUUUGUAUUCCAACAUGAAGAUGGUAAGAAAGAAUUAAUUACUGCUCCAUUAGAUGGUACUAUCUUAGAAGGUGUUACUAGAGAUUCAGUAUUAGAAUUAGCUAGAGAAAAAUUACCUGCUAAUGAAUGGAUUAUUAGUGAAAGAAAAUAUACUAUUUCUGAUGUUGCUGAAAAGGCUGCUAAAGGUCAAUUAGUUGAAGCCUUUGGAUCUGGUACUGCUGCUGUUGUUUCACCAAUUAAAUCUAUUGGAUGGAAUGGUCAAGAAAUUGAAGUACCAUUAGCAGCUGGUAAUUCUGGAGAAUUAACUAAACAAGUCGCAGAAUGGAUUAGAAAAAUCCAAUAUGGUGAAGAACAAUAUAAGGACUGGUCAAGAGUUGCUCAAUAAAUUUAUUUCCCAUAGAAUAA